AAGUUCCAAGUCUUCUCUUUCUCCACCGUCUCCCACUGCCUGCGAAGUCGCGAUUCCUCCGCCAUCUUAUCCCUGUGCCUUGCCCGCUAUCUUGCGCGCCGCCGCCGGCGUCCACCCGGAUCCUCGCCGGCGCUGCCUGCUUCGCCGCCCCUUCCCGAGAAGCGGUAGAUUGGUGGAGAAGAAGAAGGUAGUUGCUUCAAGGAGACGAAUCAUGGCAUGCUUUUCAUGGUGUGGACGAAAUGCUAGUCAUCUAGCUACUGACGAUGGGGGACCAUUUACUGCAAGCAAUUUAUCAGGUAAUGUUGGAGUUAAUGGUGGCGCAGAUCCUGCUCCUAGGGGUGCUCAAAGUGUGAAAGUGCAGCCUAUUGCAGUCCCUGCCAUUCUUGUGGAUGAAAUAAAGGAAAUUACCAAAAAUUUCAGCAGCGAAACUUUAAUUGGAGAGGGUUCUUAUGCUAGGGUGUACUAUGGUGUACUGAAAAGUGGGGAAAAAUCAGCCAUAAAAAAAUUAGAUGCCAGUAAGCAGCCUGAUCAAGAUUAUUUGGCACAGGUAUCCAUGGUGUCAAGGUUGAAGCAUGAAAACAUUGUACAGCUACUUGGCUAUUGUGUUGAUGGAAAUCUUCGUGUUCUUGCAUAUGAGUUUGCCACUAUGGGAUCCCUUCAUGAUAUUCUACAUGGGCGGAAAGGUGUUAAAGGAGCACAACCAGGUCCAGUUUUGUCAUGGGCACAGCGGGUGAAAAUUGCCGUAGGAGCUGCAAGAGGACUUGAAUAUCUACAUGAGAAAGUUCAACCUCGUGUUAUUCAUCGUGACAUUAAGUCCAGCAAUGUACUUAUCUUUGAUGAUGAUGUUGCGAAAAUAGCUGAUUUUGACCUGUCAAAUCAAGCUCCUGACAUGGCAGCACGUCUUCACUCUACUCGUGUUCUUGGAACCUUUGGUUAUCAUGCUCCAGAGUAUGCAAUGACAGGACAACUUAGUUCCAAGAGCGAUGUUUACAGCUUUGGUGUUGUUCUUUUGGAGCUUUUGACUGGUCGUAAACCUGUGGAUCAUACGCUACCAAGAGGCCAGCAGAGUCUUGUGACAUGGGCAACACCAAGACUUAGUGAAGAUAAAGUAAAACAGUGUGUGGAUGCAAGGUUAGGAGGAGACUACCCUCCUAAGGCCGUUGCAAAGUUGGCUGCAGUAGCUGCCUUGUGUGUGCAGUAUGAAGCUGAUUUUCGGCCAAACAUGAGCAUAGUUGUCAAAGCUCUCCAACCUCUCUUAAAUACUCGCUCUGGCCGUCCUGGUGAGGCACCAAGAUUGUGAAACCAUUUCUUCUCAUCCCUGUUCCUAGCAGUUAGCAGAACUCGGUGUGCGGAGCUUCUUUGCUGACGAACAUGGGCAUUGUCAUCAAAGCUAUUUAGCCUUUGUUUGUCAGACCCAAGACUAUAAAAACCUCCCCUGCAUUCUUGUUUCUUGCUUGUAGCAGAAUCUGAGCUUGUUUGCUGGCUGCUUCUAGGUUGUGUAUUGUCGCUAAUGAAACUGCAGUUAGUUAAGAAGCUAAUGUGAUGGUUGAAUAAAAAUUAUAAUGAUAUCUUUUGCUGAUUUCAGUUUCA